GUUAAAGACGAAAUCGUGGCACCAAAGUAGAACACAGCACGGGCUCCUUUUUCUCUUCCUGAGUGGGUGUCUCAGAGGAUGUGGGCUCAGCUGAUUUGAGUUAAACUAAAGUAAGCAUCACCCCCUGUACCUACAGUCCUGAGGGCCCACUGGGGAGGAAGAGGGGAUCUCUGGCCCUCGAGAGAGGAAGGCUCCCCAGUCCAGGCUUCUCCGGAGCAGCUAGUGGGAGCCCGGCUGUUUGAGGUUUGAGGGCAGAGCUCAGCCUGGCUGGACAGUCAGAGGAGAGCCAGGUUCCCCCUUCGCCGCUGCUCCCUGCCUGCUCCUCACCUGGCAGCAGAGAUUGGCAUCGCCUUCCUGGGGUCUGGAGGCCGAGCAAGGCGGGGGAUCAGCCCAGCUGUUUCCAGACUGAAGAUGGUGACUCAUGAGUGGGUCAAGAAAUCAAUUUAGUAGCUAACGAAAUGAUCAGAGUGCGUGACAAGUAGUAGGGGGUUUACCCACCACCAAGGAGGCCCAGCUUUCCAUACAGCUCAAGCUAUAUCCGACUACCAAGAUGGCCGCGGAGAGACCUGCCCGUUCCCUGCACCCGUGAGGGGUGAGGUGCUCUGGGGCCCAGCGAUGGGGAACGCUACCGCGGAGAACACCUCGCUGUGCAGCAUUGACCACACCAUCCACCAGACCCUGGCCCCGGUGGUCUAUGUGGCGGUGCUGGUGGUGGGCUUCCCGGCCAACUGCCUGUCCCUCUACUUCGGCUACCUGCAGAUCAAGGCCCGCAACGAGCUGGGCGUGUACCUGUGCAACCUGACGGUGGCCGACCUCUUCUACAUCUGCUCGCUGCCCUUCUGGCUGCAGUACGUGCUACAGCACGACAACUGGUCGCACGGGGACCUGUCCUGCAAGGUGUGCGGUAUCCUGCUGUACGAGAACAUCUACAUCAGCGUGGGCUUCCUCUGCUGCAUCUCCAUCGACCGCUACCUGGCCGUGGCCCACCCCUUCCGCUUCCACCAGUUCCGCACGCUCAAGGCGGCCGUGGCCGUCAGCGUGCUCAUCUGGGUCAAGGAGCUGCUGACCAGCGUCUACUUUUUCCUGCACAAGGAGGUGGUGGAGGACGGGGACAGGCACCGCGUCUGCUUCGAGCACUAUCCCCUGGAGCCGCGGCAGCGGGGCAUCAACCACUACCGCUUCCUGGUGGGCUUCCUCUUCCCGCUCUGCCUGCUGCUGGCCUCCUACCGGGGCAUCCUGCGGGCCGUGCGCCGGAGCCACGGCACCCAGAAGAGCCGCAAGGACCAGAUCCAGCGGCUGGUGCUCAGCACCGUGGUCAUCUUCCUGGCCUGCUUCCUGCCCUACCACGCGCUGCUGCUCGUGCGCAGCCUCUGGGAGGCCAGCUGCCAGUUCGCCAGGGCCAUCUUCAACGCCUACCACUUCUCCCUGCUGCUCACCAGCUUCAACUGCGUGGCCGACCCCGUGCUCUACUGCUUUGUCAGCGAGUCCACGCACAGGGACCUGGGCCGCCUCCGCGGGGCCUGCCUGGCUUUCCUCGCCUGUGCUGGGGGUGGCCGCGCCCGGGAGGCCUACCCGCUGGGCGCCGCAGACGCCUCCGGGAAAAGCGACGAGCCUGAGCUGCUGACCAGGCUCCACUCAACCUUCCAGACCCCGAACUCACCCGGAGCCGGGGGGUCCCCUGCAGGCGGCUUGGCCUAGUUCCGGCGGGGUGGGGGGAGUGUCUCACCGUCGGCAGGGGGGCUGGUGAGGGCUGAGCUUGCUGGCGACCGCUGGCCACUGCCGUUGGCCAAGGACAGGUGCCUCUUUCUGCUGGAGUGAGAACCUCUCUGGCCUGGGGAGCCCGCUCCAGCUUGCUGAACCCAGUGGGGAUGAGCCCUGGGAGUUGACGGGUACCAUCUGCUGCUGGCUGGGCUCCUGGGGAGAAGAGGGCGAAUUGUCACUUCCACGAGGUUCUUGAAGAGAAGCUGAUGGGAAGGGAUGGGUGCAGAGUGUGAGGGGCAUGGAGGAUGGGCCUGGGGCGUGAGGGCGGGUUCCUGGGUGCACAUGUGUGAGGGCCUUCCAGGGCCAUCGCCACAGAUGACACCUGUCCAGAGGCCCUGGUGCUUCCUGGAGUCACGACAUGUGAAGCUGUGUUGUCAUCCCUGACAAUUGGGCCUCACCCCUUUGUGGGAAGAGGACCGGCUGGGAGGUCGGACGGGGAGAAGGGAGGUGGGGAGGUGUUUGGGCGCUGGAAGUGUGUGGUGGGGGACAGCAAGGGGAAUGACAGCAGAGGAGAGACCCCAGCUCCAGGCUCAUCUCACGAUCAGAGGGAGAGCUGAGUGGACUUCCCAAGCCCCGGGACUGAUAGGAGACAAAGCCCAGGGCUCCCCAGAGCUCCCUGGGGCCAUGUCUGUGGUCCUUUCAAACAGCCGGUACCGAAAGCUCUGUGUCAGGACAGAGUUCCCAGCACGCAGAGUCCUGCUCAUUAGUUUUCUGUUUCCAUCUGCCCAGAAGCACCAGACGCAGAAGCUGGGGAUGUGUGUGUGUGUGUGUGUCUGUGU